UAGUAGAUGGAUUGGUGCAUUCAAAUCCCAGGACACAAAGCCAUUUAAGUCCAGCAUCGCAUUUUAAAUUAGCCUGUGGAUAAAUGCCUGGCUACCGUGAAGUUGGGCUAGUCUACAAUUAGCUCAUUGUUUUUGAUGGUUUGCACAGAGGGAACUGUAGGGUUGCAAGAGCAAAGGCUAACAUACCCCUGGAUGUGUAAUGAGGGAGUUGCUGAGUACAGUAGAUGCAGCGUAGAGGACCUUCAUUCGCUAACUGGGAGACUUCCAGACAGGCUGCUAUUGUGUUCCUUUAAGGAGUGUGACGGUGGAUAACAACAGUAGCUCAUUUCUGCUUUCAGGAUUGCCAGAGUCUCCUGUGCUAGAGAAUGGAGUCAAACAGUCCAAAGAAGAUUCAGUUUGCAGUGCCGUUAUUUCAAAGUCAUUUGGAUCCUGAGGCAGCUGAACAGAUAAGAAGGCGAAGACCUACUCCAGCAUCACUGGUUAUUCUUAAUGAAUCUUCACCAGAAGUAGAUGAGAAAAGGGAGAAUAAUCCACAAGGCGAGAAUGCUGAGAUGUCACCUCAACAGAGAAAGAAGAGUGUAUAUACACCUCCAACUAUGAAAGAACUUCAGUUGCUGGUGGAGCACCAUCUUCAGAAACAGGAGCAGCCGGAGCAGGAUUACUCUGAAAGUGACCCCAGCUGUCUAGAUGAGCUCAGCCCAAUGAUGACUGAGUGUUGUCAUAGCAAUGGAGCCCCUGCUUGCUUGGCAGACACAGACUGGGGUACCCUCAACUGCUGUGAACACAUCAGCAACCAAACUGACAUCAAACUGCUCCUAAAUGCUGAGGACCACCCAGGCAACAGCUCUAUUGGUGUCAGGGAAUUGUCUACUGUAGAUACAGCAAAGCAAAAAUGGUGUGUGGAAAAGUCACAAGCCUCUGCUGAUUCAGUUACAGGAACUGAACAGAUAGCUCCCCUUAAAUGUAAUGACGAUGUGCCUCAGUUCUCAAGAAGCUCACAGCAUCAGCAGACAGAAACAGGCACAGAUGAGCAAACUUUGAAACCUCGGCGGAAAGAUACACCAUUUCAGCACCAGCCACCACCACUCAUGACAGGGGUGAAACACUUAAGGAGCAAAAAUGAAACACCAUUCCUUGAGGAAGAAGAGGCAGCAUCUGAAAAAGAAGAGUGGUCACCGAAGACCAACUUAUGAGCAUCGGGAAGGGAAAUUUACAGUAUCCGAACUGAGAAAGCUUUCCAUCGGUCAUCCUGCUUCAAAUCUGAUGGAUGGCUCCAGGCCCUCAGUUAAUCACCUUGAAGCUUGAAGAGGUUUGGGGCUUAGAAAUCUACUUGUAUAAAUUCACAUUAGACUUCAGUCCAGGAAGCAAGUCUCAUACAAAAUCAGAGGUACACACAAAUAUGAUUGUGUAGAACCAAAAUUCAAACAUGUCUACCAUAAAUUCACUUUGUAGUCGCUUUGCCAAUAGUAAUAAUAUUGACAUUAUUGGUAUUGUUAAAUGAAUAUUGAUGUUUAUUAUUCUACUACUUUGUUGAUGCAAAUCUAACCUACUGUAAAUAUUCAAGAGCUCUAAAUAAAGAAUGAAAAUAAA